AUGGAGUCCGAUGCCAUCUCCCAACUCAAAGCGCUACUAAACGCUGCCCCGGAUCUUCGCUCACAACUCAGUAAUGCCGAGCGCCUCCAACUAAGCGGAUUGGCUGAAGCACUCAGAAAUGAGUUGGAAAGACCAGAUGAAGCCAUUUUCAGGGUAACGUUCAACGAGCCCGGACAUUAUCUUGCUAUUCGGUUAGCCAUACAAUGGGGAGUUUUUGAAGCCCUAGGCGAUGUUGGUGACAAGGGGAAGACGAGCGUUCAGCUUGCUGAGGGUGCUGGGGCGGAUGUGCGGUUAGUUGCUCGCUUCCUACGUCACCUAGCUGCGAAUGGCACAAUCCGCGAAGUCGAUCUCGAUACCUACGCAAGCACUCGACUUUCGGCUUCUUUGAGGCAAAAGUCGUUCAAAGAUGCUAUUCAAUUCAUGUACGACGACUUCUACAACGUAGGCUGGAAAGUCCCCUCAUUCCUCGACUCCAUCUCCCACCGCAAUCCUACUGAUAUCAACAACGGUCCAUUUCAACAUGCACAUGGCUUCUCUAAUAAAUCCCUGUACACUUACUUUGACGAAGAUGCAGCCAUGGGAGCUCGUUUCGGCGGUAUGAUUCAGAUGUACAACGCUGGCAAACCCUUCUUUUGGGAGGAAGGCUACUAUCCACUCAAAGAGCGGUUGGUACUUAGAGGGCCUAAUUCGGAUGAGGAUGUCUUGCUUGUAGACAUCGGAGGUGGGGAUGCUGGAGAUCUGGGUCUGUUGAGGAAAGCGCUCGGGAAGGAAGUAAAGGGUCGGCUUGUUUUGCAGGAGUUGAAGCAUAUCGUCGAUAGGUGUAAGGAGGAUGGAUUUGAAGCGCAGGUGGGAGAUUGGAACGAGGUUCAACCGAUCAAAGGAGCAAGAGCAUACAUGCUUCAGCACAUCCUCCACGACUUCAGCAGCGACGAUGAAUGCCGUCAUAUCCUCCGCAAUAUUGUUCCUGCUAUGAAGCCUGGUUACUCCAAGCUACUCAUUAAAGAGCUUCUCGUACCAGAUCGCAACGCGCCAUGGGCAUUCACGGCAAUGGACGUCAAUGUCAUGCAAUCACUCUCCGGUCAAGAGCGUACCGAAUCGCAAUUCCGUGAGCUAAUUGAGUCAGUUGGACUGAAAAUUGAGGGCAUAUGGGGUCACGAGAAUGCGUUGGACGUGGUCAUCGAAGCCUAUCUGUCCUAG